AUGUUGCCACUCACCCAAAACAUUUACCAUAGAUAGUCAACUUCCUUAUUGUAAAAGCAUUUUGAAACAAGAAAAAACUCUCCUGUUACUAUCAUCAGAGCUCCUGCUCUACCUAAUAAGUAACCAAUUAGUGGAUCUACUUUGUGUAUAAGAACUCCCUACUCUGAUAUUAAAUUAAGGAUGUUUACGUAGGUUGUUUAUUCCUUUUAUUUCAAGCAAGCAGAGGAAUCGAAGUUCAAUUCUACAAUGAAGAAUGAUGAUUCAUAAAAUUAAUAGAUGAGUUCUCUCGUGGAUAUACGGACAGAUAAAUUAAGUUGCACAAAAACUACUGUAGCAGAGAGUAUAGAGGAGGAGAAGCAAUAAGUCAAAAAAAAUGUUGUAAAAUAAUCAAAUCUACAAAUGUAAAAAUAAUUACUCGAUCGUGAUUUGGAAAUAAUUUAAUUGUAAAGAACUAUCAAAAAUCUCAAAGAUUAAAAUAAAAAACUAUUAACAGAAAAUUCUUUAUUGACUAAAGAAAAUAUUCAAAUGAAAACUAAGAUUGAUUCCCUUGAGAAAAGGAUAGAAGGAUCUCCAACACACGCCAGAACAUCAGAAUAUAUAUCUGCUUUAACCGAAGUUGACAAAAUUAAAAUAGAGUCACUUUUAAACUGA